AUGGAAGGCGAUUAUGCCAAUCGCUCCCAAACUAGUCUGUCAUUGCCUCGGCCCAAUGUCCAGGCUACGAAUAGACGGCUUCUGCUGAUUUACAUCCAUGGUUUCAUGGGCUCAGAAGCCAGUUUUCAUGACCUCCCAGCUCACGUCCACGACCUGUUGACAGAGUUACUGAGCGAGUCACACGCGGUUUAUACCCGUAUUUAUCCGCGUUACAAGUCUCAUGGGGACCUGUCAGUAGCAGUUGACCAAUUCAGUGCCUGGCUCUCACCUCAUGAAGCCGAUGAUCUGGAUAUUAUUCUGCUAGGACAUAGCCUUGGCGGCAUCUUGGCUGCAGAUGUGGCUUUGCUGCGAUCAAAUGGGCAUCCAAAGCAUCGCAUUCUGGGACUCGUCAACUUCGACGUGCCCCUUCUAGGACUGCACCCCCGUGUGAUCCCAACUGGAAUUGGGAGCUCCAUGCCAAGGAAGGAUGUGGCAGCUGAAGACAAAAUAGUAGGCGAACAAGAAUCAAUGGGCUUGAACCCGGCCUAUAAGCCCGCCACUCCGAGUCCCAACUUUGAUCCCCCAUUCAUCAAUGAUGUGCGCUCUGUCGAACGGGGCUUUUUCAAAGGUAUCAUGCACUUCGUCAACAAGAACACAGACAAUCUCUCACGGUCGAUUAUCGACCGUGCCCUAUCGUCUUUCAAAUUUGCCAAUUGCGUCAAUAAUUACUCGGAACUUCGUCAGCGAUACCGAUACUUAAUAGAAUUAGAGGGUGCAGAAUACAGUCCCUGGAGAGUACGAUUCGUCAAUUACUACACCAACAGUACUGGUCGCAUACCACGGAAGCCAAAGGUUAAGUCGAAAAAAGGAUCAAAAGAUAUAGAUCAAACCGCCACAUCCCCUUUGCAAGGAGGAAGUGAGAAUCCAGCUGAUACAAAUAAUGACACGCUCACAUCGUCAGAAAGAGAAGAGCUCAAGGAUGCAGCGACUCCCCCGCCGGAAUAUUCUGAGACGGAUCCCACCCAGGAAGCAGAAAAUUUGUCAAAAAUGAGAAGUUUAUCACUUGAAGAUCAAACUGUGGGGUCUGACAUCACAAUAACACCUGACGAGGCCAGCUCCGCGAAAGAAUUCCCACAAAUUGAUAUCGCAAGCACCACCUCGUCUACCUCACUUGACCAACAUCUGAGCCAAAAUCUAUCGGAGAGCGUCGCAAACUCCGAUGCUAGCCUCAUCUCAGAGACUACAAAAGAGAAGAAGCUUCGCAAAUUUAUUCUUUUGCCCUCCCAUCAUUGGAGACAUAAUGACAACGCUCACUGGAUACCAGUUUUGAUGGAGGACAUGGACGAGGUAACAGCACAUCAAUCUAUGUUCAUUCCACUUGGAGCAAAUUAUGAGAUUCUUGUUGGUGAAACUGUAGCCUUGGUUGAGCGAUGGGUCCAGGAUGACCUUAGCCGGCAGCUACUCCAGGAAAGCCUUGAUUGA